CGCGAGCCAAAUGUUUGCGACAACCCAAAACUCAAUUGAAUGAUCUGACAAGAGUCGAGGCACUUCGUAUACUUUAGGAUCCUCCAAUUCUGUUAAUUCUAUCAAUACUGUUACUUGCGAGAAUGAAUUGAUUUGCGACUGCUUGCCGUGUCUCUGUUUACGAGUUGCGCCUUUUGUUGAUCUCGCUGUUCAACCAUCCUUCCCGCCAAGCCCUACCCAACCAUCAACUCCUCAUAUGCCAUUAAACAUCCCCUUCAAUAAUUUCUUUACCAACUUCUAUAAUAUGGCAGCCAAUCCUCGGCUUCAUGGCUUCAUCGAUCGCCAGUCUGAUUCGCCUCCGCCUCAGCCACCAUCACCAUCGCCUCGACUACAACCUCAACCUCAACCUCAACAACGCGCAGAUCGUCAAGCGAUGGCGAAGAAUCUGAGAAUAGGCUCCAAGAAACAAAAAGACUCGUCUGCAAACAUGAAUAGAGCUCACAAUUCGGAGCCUGCUUAUGACCAGCCGACUGGAUUUUCGCAGAGAAACACGGUUCAUGGAGGAGACCAAAUGUACCCAGAUUACACGCAGCAAGAAAACCGCGAUAAAUUCGAUGAUUCUACAGUCGCCGAGGACUUUGAUGAUACUGUGAGCCAAGGAAACUUUUCGAAUGGGCAAAACAUGGCAGUUGUCGGUGUCGAUGACUUUGACAAUAGACAUGUCAGAGAACAGGUAGAACAAGAUAAUUUCCAGGAUCCCCAAGACAAUCGCUAUAAUAUGCGGUCUCCAGAUGAAUCCGAUUUUGGCCACAAUCAUAUCGAUGGACCGGUCCCCCAUCAACCACAUAAGAUUUUUCACCAAUAUAAUGGCCCACACACACAGGCUCUUGGAGAAUCACUUUACAAACAAAGUCAGACACCAAAAAUUAUAUUCCAGCCACACCUAUCACCGCUGCCACAACACAACAGUCCAACAAAACAAAAGAUUUCUGGUCGCUUCAAUCAGUCCAGACACUUAGAUACUCUUACAAAUCGUCAAAAGAAUGGAGUGCAAGCGGUCGAAAGUUCUCGAAAGCGAACUUCGGACGAGGGGGUCUUUUCGCCGUUGCCGAAAGCUGGAAAGUCUCAAGUAGUUGAAGAUUUGGAAAAUGCCAUACCUCGUGAAAUUCCGCCCUAUAAUAUUCCACCGCCACGCUCCGAAAACAUGCAAUCACCUCAAAUCGAUGGGUCUUCUGAUGAGGAAGAAUACUCUGAAGAUAGCAGCCGUAUAAAAGAGCAACCGGCACUUCAAUCUCGACCAGUCGAACGAUUUCCACCAGCUAACCCGCAACAAAAUGGUGCUUUUAAUCUUGCUACCAUCCAGCUUGAUUACGAUGAUGCCACUUUGAAAAACAUGGACUAUAGCCAGCUUAGAGACGAAUCUUUUGAAGCUCCAUCAGCUGCUAGUGAACAACCCAGCGAGCCAGACAUGUCACUCUCAGAUCGUACUCUUAACGAGCGCGUCAGCUAUCAUGUAGAACAAUAUCAAGCAGCAGAUCAAAAAGAGUUGGAUAAGCAGCGCGUCGCCAUGGCUGAAUUCUUUGGUAACUUAUCCAAGGAUGAGUGGGAGGAAGCAGGGGAUUGGUUCUUGGAAAGAUUUGCGGAUACCUUGAAAGCACUGAAGGAUGCUAGAAAAGAGAAGAGAGAUGUAGUUGCCAAGUUCGAAAGGGAGAUAGAGAAGAGAGAAGGGGAGGUGAAAGGAAGUCUACGAGCCUAUAACGAAGAUAUGGAACGCAUGAAGAAGGGCGCCAAGGGAGUCAUCGAGGGAAAGAUGCUAUAGACAUGGCCGAUCGUGACAUUGCUAGUGACAUGGUUGAUGAUGUACGCAACAAAUUCGGGAUAUAUUGAGCUUUUACCAUCUGAAGCCUUGACUUUCGAUUAAACAGAUUGGCUUCUGUAUAACUAUCAGGUUAUGUAAAUAUGUGUGGAUUAUUCGGCAUAGGCAUAGGCAUGGGCAUGGGCAUGGGCAUUCAAGCGCUGGGUUUUGGAAUCUAGAACGGAUUGGAACGACGAUUUGAGGAUUACAUUUUGCAUUUGGCAGGGAGUUCUAUUUUAGUUAGUACGAGAUACCCAUU